AUGCUCUUACUAAACCUAAACCACAAAGACGAGAUAAUCUCUAUCUUAUCCUUCCUGGGAGGAGACAGAGUCAAAUCAAUUGACAACAAAAGGAGUCACUCGUGGCACACUGACUAUAUUCCAACUUCUCUGCAUCAAUGCACUCACUACCUUCUAGCAAAGAUCUCCUGGAUUAGCCAGUACCACGGGAAGGGACAAGAACGGACACAGACCUUCACGCACGGGCCAAGUCACAGAAAGAAGAAAGAGCCUCGACAAGAGGCAAAGCCAAAGAAAGAGGUUUUUAUUCCUAAUAGGCCAAUAGAACAGGCGCCGAAAGCAACUGGAGUUGAAAGAAGGGGCAAUAGCCUUGAUUAUCUAUUCUAUCCCGCAAGGCCGAGAUUAGUGAUUCUCGUCGCUAAGCGAAGACUCUAUCAUAAUCAUAACAGAGUAGCGUACCAAACCAAAGGGCAGUCCCUUCGGAUCAAAGGAAGGGGUCAGACUAGCAACGGACGAAGCGGGUGA